CUAAAAAUAACAGUUAAGCUGUUAAGUAGUGAACAAAUUUUCUUCUCAAUACUUGUCUAGUCUGGGUUUCAGAGGGUUCCUAUACUAGGAAAAAACAGCGUGGAUACAUAGAAUCACAACUGUAAUUUGCGUCCUUAAAAAUGAAGAAAAUUAUUGUUUUGACUGUAAUACUCAUUCUGUUACCGCUGUGCGUCAGUGGCACCAUCUACUAUGCCGAUGAAAAUAACGGCGACGAUUUAAAUGACGGGGACGGCAUUUCCUCUGCAUUCGCAAGCAUCAAGCCUUGCAUUGACGCUCUGACGAAUCCUGGUGACGAAUGCCACAUUCGGAGUGGCCGCUACCAUCAAUCAGAAUUCCAGAUUUCUGGUAAACAUGGCAGUGCAGAUCAACCCAUGCUCAUUCGUGGCUAUCAGAACGAGAUUCCAGUUAUCGAUGGAACAAUCCCGCUGACGCCUGAAGCUGGUUGGGAACUUGGAGAAGAUGGGAUUUACAGCGCCCAAAUAGAGCGGGAUAUCUGGCAGCUGUUCGUGGAUGGUGAAAUGAUGACCAACGCUCGAUGGCCAGACUCUCUGUGGUCGGACAAAACUAUUUUCUUGAACAAAUUCUGGGGAAAGUCUGCCAAGAGAUCAAGGCGUGGAAAAAUGAUCGAUAAUGGCGAGCAGAACUUAGCUGGAAGUGGCUUAAACGCGACAGGAGCCAUGGCUAUUCUAAACAUCGGUAGCUUCAAUACUUUCACUGCUAUCGUAAAAAGCCACACAACCGGACAGAACUUUUUCACUUACCACGACACGUUUGGUAAGAUCGACUUCAAGCCGUUCCAGAAUCAGUAUUUCCUGGAAGAUAAACUAGAAUUUCUUAAUAAAGCUGGUGAAUGGUUCUACAACAAGAACACAAAAACUGUUUACGUGAAAACGCUGGAUGGAAAAAGUCCUGAAGGAAGGAUACGUGGAAAGGUACAGACGUAUGCUUUCACCAUUUCCAAUUGUCAGCAUCUGCAUUUCAAGCAGUUGACUUUCUUUGGCACCACCUUAAAAGCGCAACCAAAACGUAGACGAGAUGUGAUACAUGGCCUCUCCUUCCACUCGAUCAGUUUUAACUUUCCCUCUUAUUCCAAGCGCAUGCUUGGUGAUACCGCUCCUCCGUUAUGGACAGUCAUCCGGCCAAACCGCCGUAAUAGCUUCCAGUUAAUAAACAGCACCUUCUUCGGAACCGACGGGGUCGCGCUGGAGUACCAAGGAAACGGAGUGCUGAUACAGAACAAUCUGUUUGAGUACAAUGAUUGGUCUGUGGCCCUCAUGCAAAGGCCGAAUGGUGGGUUAGGAACUGUGAUAUCGAACGGCAUAAACGACCGGUUUAUUCGAAACACGUUGCGUUUCAACGGCGCCAUCAAUGCAUUCCGUCCCAAUGGACCUAAUCCCGUUGUCAAACUGAACCACAUCCACCAUCAGUGUUGGGGAGUUUUACAGCAUGACGGAGCCGGUGUUCAGUUCCAGAGAAACGCACAGACGAAUGGUCUUUCGCAAAACAACUGGGUCCACUCAAGCCCUAAGCUUGGUCUCCGCUUUGACGCAGGGAAGCCCCCACACUUCGGACAUAACGGCACAUUGAAGGCAAACGUGGUAUGGAAAUGUGGCGGGAUUAUGGUUAAAGGCAAUUUCCAGACAGUGGUCAACAAUCUCGCUUUCGACAAAAGAAACGAUUACAGUGGAGAUAAAACGGUUGGUGGCUGCACUUUGUGUGUUCUUGGGCGCUUUCCUCAAAAGGCGGUUGCGAUGAACCGUGAGUCUGUGGUUCUGAGGAACGCCGCGGACGUUGCAAGCAGUGGCAAGAUUAAACGGGUUAGAUAUCCUUUCCCGGGGCGGCGGGUCAAGUUUAACGUGAUCGGUGAUGUGCGGAAAGAAGUCAUGGAUGCGGACAAUUUGGACUUCCGGCCCCGGGAAGGCUCCAAGUACAACAAGCAUAAGGUUGGACCUUACCUUUACAAUCCUUACAGCAGAUAUUAUUGGAUUCCUGGAAGGCAGCUUUAUAAGUCCAGCACUCCUGUUCCCCCGGAUGGUAGUACCACCGUUAAGUCUGAUAGAGACGCUGUCAUGUGGUUAAACGCCUUCGGUGCCUCGACUCAUCACGUAUAUUUUGGCAUGAACCAGGCGACAGUUGCCGAAGCAACACCGAUGUCACCCGAAUACCGCGAGAAAAUCAGCAGCGAUGGUAACGUGUAUUACCUUUCCGGAAGACUCGAACCAGGUUCCAUCUAUUACUGGCGGGUGGAUGCUGAAAUUGACGACGAAACCACUUACAUAGGAGACGUAUGGUCAUUUCAAACGGAGUGGUGAGGAACGUCGACAACAGGAGGAAACAGACAAAAGAUGUUUUGAACGAAACGUUGAUGUCCUUAAUGUUGAAUGACUGUAUUAAUUUUAUGAUUGUACCGUGAAUUUCUAACAGUGUAGAGAAUAAGUUGUUUUCUAUAUUAAGAAGCAAUUUUUAGAUAUAAAAGUACAAGGUAAAUUUCACUUUCUUUUGGGAACUGGAAAUGCUAAAUUAAAACAAAUCAUUGAUUGAAACGUUUACGUGUUUUUCAUAGUUGGCUUACUCAAAUUUAUACAAUUUUUAUUUGUCACUCGUUGGUUCCGACCGAUAGACGUUUUCCAGAGCUGCGCGAUUUAAUUUUGCUCCAAGACAAGUCCAAGUGAAAACGUAUCAGGACUGAUUAUUCCACGUGUUGCCAUCUUGAAUAUUUGCUUUUAGCUGUUAACCUUUUUGAAGUGAAAUGCGUAACUAAGAAAAUUAAAAGACUGAGCAAACAAUGUUGGAUCACCAAAGGUCGUUCAUAUAAAAAAAACACCUCUUAUGUGCCUUCCGUUCAAAU